AUGACUCACCUCAAAUUCGUCACUCUCGAUGUCUUCACAUCAACACCCUACUCCGGCAACCCGCUGGCAGUAGUCUUCCUCCCAGAAGAUGACUCAACCGCUCUAACGCAGAGCCAGAAGCAAACCAUCGCACGGGAAUACAAUCUAUCAGAGACUAUCUUUGUCCACCCAGUACGCGAGAAAAGCAAGCGCACCAUCGACAUAUUUACCACACGCCGCGAACUCCCCUUCGCAGGUCAUCCCACCAUUGGCGCAGCCUCCUGGUUCCUGAGCCACUCAGCUGACCCCGCGGAUGGCGAUGGCGUCACCACACUCAUAACCAAGUCCGGCGAAAUCCCCAUCUCCGUCCAGAAUCGCGAGACUAAAUACGUCGCUGCGCAGAUUGCGCACAAUACGCAUAUCCACGCAGCGCGGUUUAGCUUGAAGGAGUUGGUUAGGCUGCACCCGACGUUGGCACCGUUCUUUACGCAGCCAGAUGUUACUUUCCCGGUCUUUUCCAUUGUCAAUGGAAUGAGUCAGUUGUUUGUUGAGCUUCCUUCGCUUGAGGCGCUGGCUGCUGUGACGCCUGCGACCGGUGGUGAGCUGGUUUCUGCUGAGUAUCUUGAUGAAGGGUGGAGGGCUGGGAUCAGUGUGUACUUCUUUGUUCGGGAUGUUGAGGAUAGUAUUUUAAAGAAGAAGGUCAUUCGGUCCAGGAUGAUUGUGGGAACUUUGGAAGAUCCCGCUACUGGCAGUGCGGCUAGUGGGUUGGCGGCGUACUUGACGCUUACGGAGGGCAAAGCUGGUCAGAAUUAUCAGUACCAUGUUGUGCAGGGUGUUGAGAUGGGACGCCGGAGUGAUAUUGGUGUUGGGGUUACGUUGGAUGGCGACAAGAAGAUUGAACAAGUUGUGCUGAUAGGCACUGCUGUUAGCGUAUCUGAGGGCAAGGUGCUGGUUCCUAAUGUCUGA